AUGUACAUGAGGCCACCUUACGCCGUUAAGACCCUCCCCUCCUCCCGUGGGAAGUUCCUAGGGUCAUUAACUAAUCUCGCGAUUCAACUCUCCUCCCGCUUUCGCCACCGAGGCAACGACGAAGACUCGGAUGAGGCCAUUGCGCUUAGCAGGGAAGCGUUGGCCUUGUGCCCGGUCGGUCACACAGGACGGUCCAAGUCAUUAAACAACCUUGCGAAUCAACACUCCUCCCGCUUUAACCACGGAGGCAACGAUGAGGACUUGGAUGAGGGCCUGAGGCUAUCGCACUUUACAAGGAAGCGUUGGAUUUGUGCCCGCACCGGGGCAACGACGAAGACUUGGAUGAGGCUAUCGUAUUUCUCAGGGAAGCGUUGGCCUUGUGGGUCCACGUCAUUAAAUAACCUUGCGAAUCGACUCUCCUCCCGCUUUGAUCCCAAGGGCCACGACGAAGACUUGGAUGAGGCAAUCACACUCUACAGGGAAGCGCUUGCAUUGCGCCCAGUCGGUCAUGACGAAGACUUGGAUGAGGCCAUUGCACUCUACAGGGAAGCGCUUGCAUUGCGCCCGGUCGGUCACACAGAUCGGUCCGCAUCAUUAAACAACCUUGCGAGACAACUCUCCUCCCGCUUUCAACAACGGGGCAACGACGAGGACUUAGAUCGGGCUAUCGUACUUGACAGGGAAGCGCUGGCCUUGUGCCCGGCCGGUCAGACGGAUCGGUCCACGUCAUUAAAUACCCUUGCGACUCAACUCUCCACCCGCUUUCACCACCGAGGCAGCGACGAAGACUUGGAGCAAUCUAUCACACUUUUCCGGGAAGCGCUGGCCUUGUGCCCGGUCGGUGACACAUCUCGUUCUGUGUCAUUAAACAACCUCGCGACCCAACUCUCCUCCCGCUUUCGCCACCGAGGCAACGACGAAGACUCGGAUGAGGCUAUCGCGCUUCACAGGCAAGCGCUAGCCUUGUGCCCGAGAUCGUACCGAGGCGACGAAGAAGACUUGGAUGAGGCUAUCGCACUUCACAGGGAAGCGCUGGCCUUGUGCCCCGUCGGUCACACAAAUCGGUCCAUGCCAUUAAAUAACUCUGCGACUCUUCUCUCCAUCCGCUUUGACCACCGAGGCAAUGAUGAUGAUUUGGAUGAGGCUAUCGCACUUCAUAGGACAGCGCUGGCGUUGCGCCCGGUCGGUAACGACGAAGACUUGGACGAGGCUAUUUUACUUCAGAGGGAAGCGUUGGCCUUGCGUGCGGUCGGUCACAUAGAUCGGUACACAUCAUUAAAUAACCUUGCGAAUGGACUCUCCUCCCGCUUUAAACACCGAGGCAACGACGAAGAUUUAGAUCAAGCUAUCGCACUUGACAGGGAAGCGUUGGCCUUGUGCCCGGUUGGUCACACAGAUCGGUCAACGUUAUUAUAUUACCUUGCGACUCGACUCUCCACCCACUUUCACCACCAACACAAUCGAGAAGACCUCGACGAGUCACGAGAAAACCUGCAUUGUGCAUUAACUCUGUUCACUCAACAUGAUCCUCGUCAAUUUCACGUCCAUCAAUUGCUAGCUAAGGUCUAUCUGUCGUUCCAUCGUUCAUACGACGCCGACGUAGGCGCAGAUACCGAUAGUCUGAAUGCUGCCAUGCAUCAUUUCAAGGUAUCAGCAGAUGUUGCCUCUGCAGGCUUGUUAUCUCGCUUACGAGCAAGUCUACUUUGGGUUCGCCAUGCUGAUCAACAGAGACACGGUACUCAACUGGAGGCUUAUGUGACUUCCAUGCAACUUCUUGACGCUUACAUGUCUACGACAGCUUCAAUAUCAUGUCGUCGCGAUAUCAUGAAGGACUUCCCGAGUACACUUGCCGUUAAGGCUGCAUCGUGUGCUCUUCGUAGUAGUGACGUCUGUCGCGCUGUUGAAUUGUUGGAGCAAGGCAGGACCAUCAUCUGGACCCAGAUGACACGACUCCGCACCCCUCUUGAUAGCUUCCAGACUCGCGGUGAUCAUGCAGUGACCCUGAUGAAGAAUUUCAGAGACCUCAGCUCCCUCCUCAAAAAACCUCCUGCAAACUAUUCAGAAGCAACCCCAAGAGUCGAUAUAAAAGCAGAAGAAUCCCGGUACAGACGUCUAGUGGAGGACUGGGAUAGAGCCGUAGAAGAGAUCCGAAAGAUGGUGUUUAGGGCACACGUUGGGUUUCGAUCAAGUCUCGAUCAUUUCGAUUAGCUCGAUUAUCAUCUGUCAUCACUUUCUGCAAUCUGAG